CAGAUUCUCAAAAUGUCAACUCACCGUCAGUGCACAGUGGAGAUUCAGAACUUGACAUCCGGCUUCACGCUGUGUGAUCCGUGCUUGUUUCUGUACAGUGGGGGCUGUGAGACUCCUCUCCCUCCAGAUCUUGGUCCAUCUAUGUCUGGCACUGCACUCUUUGAAAAGACACCCAACACGGCCUGUGGUUCAGUAGGGGUCUUCACCUAUGACAUCCUCCCGGGCUCCAACAGUCAGAACAAAGGCCGAGUGGCUGUCAUGUUCUCGAAUCCCUACGACUUCAACUUCUACUCCAACUAUUAUGCCAUUGGAGUAUUCAGCAAAGACAAGAAGUGUGACAACGAUCUCUACAAUGAGAUGUACAGCGGCAAGGAGAUUGACUUUGUCAGGGGGAAAGCCAGUGGGCCCAGUCUGACCUACAAAGCGGGCGAUUUGAUUAUCAGGGCCAGCAUGUCUGACAGCUAUCAGCCGACCCUGAAGUUGGAUAUUUGUGACAUAUGAGACCAGCUGCAUCUCCUGGUCCAAUACCUCUUUAACAGCUCAACACCUUCCUAUUUGGCCAGUAGCUUUUCCUUUAAUAGAGUAACCCUCAUUAACUUUAUCUGCUUCUGCAUUAAUAGAGCAAUCUCUUUACCAGUUUAGAUAUUGUAAACUAGUUACCCUGCAGCAUGUUUUAUUUAAUCUGCAGUCAUUCAAGACUUCUCUGUUGAAAAACCCAACAUAUGUUCAUAUCUUUUAAUAAUUAGUCUACUACAACAUGUUCCUAAGUGGGAGAGAGAGAAAAAAAACUAACUUAAAUGUUCCUCUGAAUCUUUAAAACUCCCAACUGAUCCAGUCUUCCUGUGAACUCCCCCAGGUAGUUCUUAAUUAGCAUUACAAUAUGGGAAAGGGAUAUAUCGGUUGCGUUUUGGGCUGAUUUAAACAUCAGCACCGAUGUGGACGGAUUAGAUUCACAACUGAAAGAGUUAAUAAAAACAAGCUGAAAAGAAAUCUGUUUGUUAUGGGAUAUUAGACGGAAUAAACAUCAUUGCAUAAGGUAAUUCAAGUUCUGCUGUACUGAUUAAGUUCAUGUUUUUAGAUGAAUAUGUUUCAGAAAUACUCUGUGAUUCUGACCAAUGACUGAGCAUCACUGAACACAGAUACCAUGAAGAGAUCUGAUGGUCCUGAUGCCUCACAGCUGCUGUUACAAUCUGAAUGUUCUGACCCAAUAAAAU